AUGAAUCUCUAUAUUUUUGAUAUGGUAAUGGAUGUGAUAGUGGUUGGAGUGAAAGAUCAGGUGACUUGGAGUGUACUCUUUGCAGAUAACGUAGUGUUAGUAACACCAAUAAGGAAAAAGCAGACAGGAAAUGGAGUUGUGGAGAAGUGUGUUGGAGGAGAGAACCUAAAGAUAGGCAGAGUAAAAACGGAAUUUAUGUGGAUGAAUGGAGGAGACCUAGGGGGAAGCAUAAACUUUAGAGGAGGUAGACGUAAAAAGAGCUACAUCCACCUUGGUUUAUGCGUCACUGAUUGUGGAGGGAUGGAGGAGGAAGUGAACCACAGAAUACAAUCAGCUUGGUGCAAUUUGAGGAAAACACCAGGUGUGCUAUGUGACAAAAGAUUAAAUGUAAAGCUGAAGGGAAAAAUGUACAAGAGCAUUGUCAGACCUGAGUUGAUGUAUAGUUAUGAAACAUGGGCCAUAAAGAAUGCACAAGAGAGAUGGAUGGAAGUGGCAGACUUGAGAAUGUUACGUUGGAUGUGCAGAGUGGCCAGAAGAGACAGGAUAAGGAAUGACUUCAUAAGAGGGACGGUGAAAGUUACAGAAUUAUCAAAACUGCAACAGAGACGAUUGAGAUGGUUUGGGCCUGUUAUGAGAGGAGAGGGGAGGAUUCUGUAUGUAAAAGAACCAUGA